UAGCGGUGACGUGUCUCUAAAGUUUCUCCUCCUCCUCUCCUCCCGGUGGAUCAGUAGUGAGACUGACUGUGGUCAGAUUUACACAGUGAAGGAGCAGAUAGGUGGACUGUUGGGACAUCAUGGGCAUCAAAUUCUUGGAGGUGAUAAAGCCAUUCUGUGCAGUGUUGCCAGAGAUCCAAAAACCUGAAAGAAAGAUCCAGUUCAGGGAAAAGGUAUUAUGGACUGCCAUCACUCUCUUCAUUUUCCUGGUGUGUUGCCAGAUCCCCCUCUUUGGCAUCAUGUCCUCAGACUCUGCAGAUCCAUUCUACUGGAUGAGAGUAAUUCUGGCCUCAAACAGAGGUACGUUGAUGGAGCUGGGUAUCUCGCCUAUUGUAACCUCAGGCCUGAUUAUGCAGCUGUUGGCUGGAGCUAAGAUCAUUGAAGUUGGAGACACACCAAAGGACCGAGCCCUCUUCAAUGGAGCUCAGAAAUUAUUUGGAAUGAUCAUCACCAUUGGCCAGGCCAUCGUAUAUGUGAUGACCGGCAUGUAUGGAGACCCCUCAGAGAUGGGCGCUGGAAUCUGUCUACUCAUCAUCAUUCAGCUGUUUGUAGCUGGGCUGAUUGUGCUGCUGUUGGAUGAGUUGCUCCAAAAGGGCUACGGUCUUGGUUCAGGGAUCUCACUGUUCAUUGCUACCAACAUCUGUGAGACGAUCGUCUGGAAGGCCUUCAGUCCCACGACUGUGAACACCGGAAGAGGCACAGAGUUUGAGGGAGCAAUCAUUGCUCUUUUCCAUCUGCUGGCGACACGGACAGACAAAGUGCGUGCACUGAGAGAGGCCUUCUACAGACAGAACCUGCCCAACCUCAUGAACCUCAUCGCCACAGUAUUUGUCUUUGCUGUAGUGAUAUACUUUCAGGGAUUCAGGGUGGAUCUGCCCAUCAAGUCAGCUCGCUACCGUGGCCAGUACAACACCUACCCCAUCAAGCUCUUCUACACCUCCAACAUUCCCAUCAUCCUGCAGUCUGCCUUGGUCUCCAACUUGUACGUUAUCUCCCAGAUGCUUUCCACACGCUUCAGUGGCAAUUUCCUGGUUAAUCUGCUUGGCACUUGGUCUGACACAUCGUCAGGUGGUCCAGCCCGUGCUUACCCCGUCGGUGGACUCUGUUACUACCUCUCGCCCCCGGAGUCAUUUGGCUCUGUUCUUGAGGACCCAGUCCACGCACUCAUCUACAUUUUCUUCAUGCUCGGCUCAUGUGCCUUUUUCUCCAAAACCUGGAUUGAGGUCUCCGGCUCUUCUGCUAAAGAUGUGGCGAAACAGCUGAAGGAGCAGCAGAUGGUGAUGAGGGGACACAGAGAAACCUCAAUGGUCCAUGAACUGAACAGGUACAUUCCUACUGCUGCUGCCUUUGGGGGACUGUGCAUCGGUGGUUUAUCAGUGAUGGCGGACUUCCUUGGAGCCAUUGGCUCCGGCACCGGUAUCCUGCUGGCCGUCACCAUCAUCUAUCAGUACUUUGAGAUCUUUGUGAAAGAACAGAGCGAAGUAGGCAGCAUGGGGGCCUUGCUCUUCUAGAAAAGCCAAUAUCCUCCAAACUUUUAUUAGGAUCACCAACCCUGCAUUUAUUUUGCAUCCAUAUGAAGCGCCUGCACCAUCAGUUCUCCAGUUUCAGGAUGUUUGAGGAAUCUCUUCAGGAAUCUCAGCUGAAAUGGGAUGUUGUGAGGUGGUACGACUACACAGCUUGUUGAUCCUUCCACAUAUCUUCCAAAGUAACACAAAGACAGACAUUUCAGUUAUACUUCAUCCGGUUUUCUAACUGACUCGAGAUUAAAGCUCCCAAAGUUUCAUUUAAAGGCUUCCUUUGUGUAUGAAAUGAAGCCCUAGGGGAGUUUGGUUCUUUUUUCAGACUGACAAGAGAGCGCUUCAGUAUGCAGGCAUACUCGACUUGGAAGAUGGCGGUCAACUGCCUGCUGUGUGUGUACAAGCACUCGACCAUCUUAUCUUAUCAUAGUUUAUACUUUUACUUUCAGCUUUAUUUUAUUUUUCUGUUGAUCUGCCAAUCAGAUAAAGGCGUGGACCAGAGGCUGAACUGUCAGAUGCUGAGUCAAGUACUGUGUAUUUUCCUGAUUUUUGUGACCCUGUGCUGUUGGUUUUAUUUGAACAGGGUCUUGUAAGAAGAGGAUGUGGUGCUCACAUUGAUGUCCGCCAGUCAAAAUAAAUUGUUCAUCUUAUUUUUGUGAACAGUCAUUCGAUGCAAUGAACCAUUCUAAAAAUAAAGAAAAUACAGGGUCCAUAUGGUUUUAAGGUAUGGCGUUCCCAGGGAGCUGCAGUAUUAACUCACGCCACAUUCAUUCUUGUUACCCAUUUCAUAACAUUGUCUUGUUUUGUUUUUUAAUUGUCUGCUCUAAGCAUACUGUCAUUAAUCACUUUUUCACAGCCAACAAAUUAUGAAUUCUGUAAAUAGGCCAUGCAUUAAAUAACUGAGUUUGUCUUAAGUGUAAGAUAAAGUCUUUUGAAUAUGUAAAAAUAAAUACAUUUCAGAACAAA